GUUGUGGACGGUCUCGGGGAGCAGCUGCCACCGCUGCUGCUACCAGCUCGUUCGGGUGUAGAAUUUGGAAUCCCUGCGCCUCAUUAACAAUGAAGCAGAGUUCGAACGUGCCGGCUUUCCUUAGCAAGCUGUGGACUCUUGUGGAGGAGGCCCACACCAACGAGUUCAUCACCUGGAGCCAGGUACAGAAUGGCCAAAGUUUUCUGGUUUUGGAUGAACAAAGAUUUGCAAAAGAAAUUCUUCCCAAAUACUUCAAGCACAAUAAUAUGGCAAGCUUUGUGAGGCAACUGAAUAUGUAUGGUUUUCGUAAAGUAGUACAUAUUGACUCUGGAAUUAUAAAGCAGGAACGAGAUGGUCCGGUAGAAUUUCAGCAUCCUUAUUUUAAACAAGGCCAGGAUGACUUGUUAGAGAAUAUUAAAAGAAAGGUUUCAUCUACAAAACCAGAAGAAAAUAAAAUUCGUCAGGAAGAUUUAACAAAAAUUAUGAGUAGUGCCCAGAAGGUUCAAAUAAAACAAGAAACUAUUGAGUCCAGGCUUUCUGAAUUAAAAAGUGAGAAUGAGUCUCUUUGGAAGGAGGUGUCAGAAUUACGAGCAAAACAUGCACAACAGCAACAAGUUAUUCGAAAGAUUGUCCAGUUUAUUGUUACAUUGGUUCAGAAUAACCAACUUGUAAGUUUAAAACGUAAAAGGCCUCUACUUCUAAAUACUAACGGAGCCCAAAAGAAGAAUCUGUUUCAGCACAUAGUUAAAGAACCAGCUGAUAAUCACCAUCAUAAAGUUCCACACAGUAGGACUGAAGGUUUAAAACAAAGGGAGCGUAUUUCAGAUGACAUCAUUAUUUAUGAUGUUACUGAUGAUAAUGCAGAUGAAGAAAAUAUCCCAGUUAUUCCAGAAACAAAUGAAGAUGUUAUAUCUGAUCCCUCCAAUAGCUGUAGCCAGUACCCUGAUAUUGUCAUUGUUGAAGAUGACAAUGAAGAUGAGUAUGUACCAGUCAUUCAGAGUGGCGAUCAGAGUGAACCAGCCAGAGAAUCCCUAAGUUCAAGCACUGAUGGCACCAGCCCACUCAUGUCUAGUGCCGUGCAGCUGAAUGGCUCAUCCAGUCUGACCACAGAAGAUCCCGUGACCAUGAUGGAUUCGAUUUUGAAUGAUAACAUCAAUCUUUUGGGAAAAGUUGAGCUGUUGGAUUAUCUUGACAGUAUUGACUGCAGUUUAGAGGACUUCCAAGCCAUGCUAUCAGGAAGACAAUUUAGCAUAGACCCAGAUCUCCUGGUUGAUCUUUUCACUAGUUCUGUGCAGAUGAAUCCCACAGAUUACAUCAAUAAUACAAAAUCAGAGAAUAAAGGAUUAGAAACUACCAAGAACAAUGUAGUUCAGCCAGUUUCAGAAGAAGGAAAGAAGUCUAAACCCAAACCAGAUAAGCAGCUUAUCCAGUACACUGCCUUUCCACUUCUUGCAUUCCUUGAUGGGAACCCUACUUCUGCUGUUGAACAGGGGUGUACAACAUCAUCAGAAGUUAUGUCUUCUGUAGAUAAACCCAUAGAAGUUGAUGAGCUUCUGGACAGCAGCCUGGAUCCAGAACCAACCCAAAAGAAGUUCAUUUAUGUUCAGAGAAGUUCAUUCAUGUUCAACAGGAAAGGCAAAGUGUACAUGAGUGCUCGCUGUCUGAUACGGUUCCAGCUUCAUAUGCAUGGAAGAAAGAAGGGAUGGGAUGGAGUAAACCCUGUCCUCUCAGUUGGACUAGUUUUAAGUAAAAACUUUCUGGUUUGUUUGUGUUUUAUUGACCAUAUUAUUUAGUAAAAUAAAUAUAAUGAAUGUUGAGUACUAGUGUUCAUUAUGUGUCUUCUUUGGAGGUGACACCCACAUGUAACAGUUUUUUUUUUUUCUCAUAGGAAGCAGAUGGACUUAAGACUGUGUUUGUUGUUCAUUAUUCUUAAUUUGAGUCACACCAAGAUCUUUGUGCCUCAUCUAAAAAUACAGACUGUAUGUAUUCUAAGGGAAUAGUAUAUAAUGUCUUUAAAUUUAAUGUAUUUUAAAGUUGUCUUUGUUUAAAAAUUAUACUGGCUUGCUUUCUGUGUUUCUAAUAAAGAACUGAGAGAAGUGUGGUUAGGACAAAUGAGGUUAGAACAUUGUCACUGGAUGCCACCAGGGUCUACAAUUUUUACUCUUAGAAAAGAUAGCAGAAAUAGAUCAUCUCCUUUUGGAAUGGUUGCUUCUAGGAUUGCAAAGGCUGAGCAAGGCCAAGGUACCUUGUUUAUCACUUGAAGAAUUUCACCCUUCAGACAUAGGGCCAAGAGUGCACUUAAUAUCUGAUUAUUCUGUAGGGCUAUAAUAUUGUAUAAGGUGACACAACCGUUAAGCACUCAGCUACUAACCAAAAGGUUGGCCAUUUGAACCUACCCAGCAGCUCUGCGGGAGAAAGACCUAACAAUCUGCUUCCGUAAAGAUUACAGUCAAGAUCACCCUGUGGGGCCGUUCUACUCUGCCACGUGGGGUCACUAUGAGUCAGAAUUGACUCAACAGCACCUAACAGCAACAUUUGAUAAGAAAUUACAAGAAAGGCCUCCCUGUUGGCCAUAUUCUGUCUCUUGAUGUCUUGGAAUUUCUCUUACUAUGAUGUGAAGAUUCAAAGUAAGGCCUAGCACAGAGGAGUAGGAAGCCAUUCCUUUCUUAGCAGAUCCUAAAGUACUUGGCUGUGACAUUGAGGUCUUGGUGAAGUAAUUUGAGACCCCAACACAGUUCUCUGCAUGAGCUGUAGAGAUCAAUUUUCUAGAGGUUGUUAAGGUGAGAAGAGUUUAGAGACAGAAGAAAACAGUUUUCAGGCUUUUUCUCUUUCCCUUCCCUUUCUCACUGUAGGUUAUGAUCAAAUUUCCUCUCUUUGGGGGCAUUUUGGAACUCAAGGAUUAUAGCUCAGUAGCUGUGAUGCUUGAGAAACACUCAAAAUAAUUUUGAAAAACUUUAUAGUCCUGUUAGUUUUUAAGUCAGCAUCUAAAAUUUUUCAUCUUACACAUACAUAGUUGGAAAGAAUUGAGAGUAUUGUUAAUACUGACAUUUUAAAAUACAGUUAUGUGCUGCUUUUAAAUAUAGCUAAAGAAACCUAAAUACCAUAAUAAUUUGAUACCUGUCACCAUCUAUUCCAGUUCCCCCAAAGAAUUUUAUCCUGCUUUUAUCAUGCAUGAAAGUUGUAUACUGAUGAUCCUAUUACACUUCUUUGCAACUAUAUUUGAAAAUUGUUUGCUGUAACCUUUAGGAUUCUAAGUAUUAAAAAAGUUCUACUCCAGUUAUAAAUACAUAGUUGAUCAAAACAUUAUAAAUAUAUAUAUCAGAGGCUGUUAACUGAUCAUCAAAUCAUUUACUUCUAUCAUGCAGCUAGAUUAUUUUGGCCUUCCUUGUAAGUAGGGCAGCCAUGUGACUGAGUUCUAAUAAAUAGAGGAAGUGAUGUACAGCACUUCCAGGUCCAGUCUGUGAAAACCUCCCGCAUACAAUCCUCCAUGCCCUUUACCCUUCUGCUGGCUUGAUGCAGAUUAGUAUGUGGCUUCUGUGAGUACACAAUCAAGAAGAGGAAACCUGGCUUCCUAAAUCACUGCUUAGAGGAGAGCCACCCAUCAAUCCUAGACACCUAUUUUAAACUUGAAAUGAGGAGGGAACAACCUUUUAUUAUGUUCUGUCUGAAUUUGGGGGGUUGAUCUUUUAGUAUUCAAUAAAAUAUGGUACAAAUUUUGAUAAACUGAUAUUAAACAUAAAAAGUAAAAUUUUACCAGAAAUAACAUGUUUUAAUGGAAUAAACAGGGCUUGGAUCUUUUCAAGGUUUUUUUUUUAAAUAUCAAGUUUUUUUAUAUUCAGAUUUUUUGAAUAUUAUCUGUAAAAAGGGUUAUUCAGCAACCUGCACUUCCAUUUAGAGGGAUAAAUAUGCCAUUUCUUUAAUAAUUUAAUAUGUAUUUUUAAAUGUGCUUGAUUUAGGUUAGUAAAGGACACAGCAAAUUGAAAUUUAAAACUAAAACUACCUGUUUGUUUUUGGCACCAAUAAAAAUGAAAUGUGAAGAAAAAUAGAGUCAAAUAGUAAAAUAAGAUAGCAAGAUCUGUGUUUUAGUCCUCAGGGAUGAAGUACUAGAUAAGAAUUUUAGACAUAACUCCAGUGCCUGUAUGUCAUCUCAUACUUUAUUAGGUCCUCUAAGGCUCUGUAUUCUCAGAUUAUGUCUUGGAAGAAAUUGGAUUUUUCUUUUUUCAAAUAGCCGAGUUUGUUUUUGUUAGUACUUAGAAAAUCAUCUGGAUUUAUACAUUGUUCCAAGGCCUUUAGACUGAGGGUCUAAACAAGAAAAGACAUAGAAUUGCCACACUCUUUCCACGUAUAUUAUAUCUGUGUCUUCUUGUGUUCUUCCUGAAGCCAGCCAGAAUGCUGAAAUACUGAUGCCGUAUUGGCAUUGCCUUUUAAGAUGCUUGAAUGACAGUGCUUUUUUAAAUUGAGUUUUCCAAAACUAAACAAUACUGGAAUUUAAUCACAUAUUUGGUGCCAUACUAUAUGUCAGUAUAUCAAAAUUGAUGAGAGAUGUUGCAUACAACAGAAAGGAGAGGCAUUUAGCUUAGAAAAGAGAAGAAGGUAGACAAAGUAUUUUAAAGUACAACAAAAGAUGUAGUAGAUUAGACUGUCAGUUGGAACAUUUCUUUGAACCCAUAACUCUUUAAGAUAUCCUUCAUGCUGUCACAAGAGCAACUCGAGCAGCCUGUGAUAUCACCCUGUCUAUAUAAAAACCUCUAAUACUGUUUUCACUAAAAAAGGAACAGAAGUGCUUCUUAGAGCACAGAAAAACAAAAAGGGACUGAAACAUUUUUUGCCAAGAAAAUGGGAUGCUUUUAGAACUGUCCUGUGAUAGUACUUAAAUGGGUGUAACACUGGCCACUUGUCAAGUUGAACACAGGAGAAAGAAGAGUGAGAGAGAAUUAAUUGAAACAAUUGGUAAGUUGGACCUAAGCCAAAUGUAAAGCUUUUGCUCUGUGAAAGACCCCUUUAGGAGGAUGAAAAGACAAGCUACAGACUGGGCAAAAAUAUU